AUGGCUAUUACUCGUCUUGCUCUAUUCCUUAGUUUUGCAUUCCUCUUCUAUGUGGUUGGAGGAGCCAAGGUGACAUUUACCAAUAAAUGUGGAUACACUGUAUGGCCAGGAACACUUACUGGAGGCCAAAAGCCUCAACUUUCAACAACUGGUUUUGUGUUGGGAUCUCAAGCAACCAACGCAGUUGACCUUCCUUCUCCAUGGUCAGGUCGGUUUUGGGCCCGAACCGGAUGCUCAAACAACAAUGGAAAGUUCAGUUGCGACACAGCCGAUUGUGCCUCCGGUCAAGUCGAGUGCAACGGGGCUGGCGCAAUUCCACCCGCAACAUUGGUUGAAAUUACAGUAGCAUCAAAUGGAGGACAAGAUUUCUACGAUGUGAGCAACAUCGACGGGUUCAACGUGCCGAUGUCCGUAACUCCACAAGGAGGAAGUGAUGACUGCGAAACUUCAAGCUGUCAUGCAAAUAUCAACGCUGUGUGUCCUGAUGAGCUUCAAGUGAAAGGCUCAGAUGGAAGUGUGAUUGCUUGUCAGAGUGCUUGCUUGAAGUUUAAUACAGAUGAAUAUUGUUGUCGUGGAAGUCACAAUACAGCGGCUACAUGCCCACCUUCAAACUACGCUACAAUUUUUAAGAAUCAAUGUCCUGAUGCUUAUAGUUAUGCUUACGAUGAUAAGACUGGCACUUUCACUUGCAAUGGUGGACCUAGCUAUGCUAUCACCUUCUGUCCUUAA